GGAGGAGAUUGAAUCCCAUGUUAUGGGACUGGAAAAAUUCGAAAGUAAAUUAGAAAAUUAUUCAGAUUCGGUAUUGGACAAGGAUGAUAUUGAGAAUAUUUCACACAAUAAUCAUCAUCCCAAUGAUUAUAAAACACCCAAGAAAUCGACGAUACUAAUCGAUGGUGAAAAGCUGUUGGAUAAAAUUAAUAUAUUGACAACAAAGCCGGAAAAUACAUCGACCAGUACAAAGCUCCCAACAAUUAAGGAUUUUGUCAUUAUCAAACCGAUUAGUCGUGGUGCUUUUGGUAAAGUAUUUUUGGGCUAUAAGAACAAUGAUCACAACAAGCUGUAUGCCAUCAAAGUGAUGCGUAAAUCUGAAAUGAUCAAUAAAAAUAUGGUCUCACAAGUAAUAACGGAACGUAAUGCCUUAGCAUUAUCGCGUAGUCCAUUUUGUGUAAAUCUAUUCUAUUCACUGCAAUCGGUGUCCUAUGUUUAUCUCGUUAUGGAAUAUAUGGUAGGUGGUGAUUUAAAAUCAUUGUUGACAAUGUAUGGUUACUUGGAUGAGGCUGCAGCCCGUUUCUAUGUAGCUGAAGUGGCGUUAGCUUUGCAAUAUUUACAUGAACAUGGUAUAAUUCAUCGUGAUAUCAAACCCGAUAAUAUGUUAAUAUCGGCAACGGGUCAUGUAAAGCUGACCGAUUUUGGUUUAAGUAAAAUUGAAAUGAGAAAAGGUGAAAGAGAUUUGGAAAUAUCCGAUCUCAUUAAUUGUUCACCAAAUUUGAAUGCACGAACACCUGGACAAUUGUUGUCGCUAACAUCACAUUUAUCCUUUGGCUCGGAAAAGAAAUUAGAAUGUGGAACGGGAACUUCACAUUUUAUAAAUACCAUAAAUAAACACAAUAACAUUAUGGAAUCAUCGGACAGUGAAGCUGACACAUCAUUAAAUGAUGCCGAAAAAACAGACGAUAGUAAAAUAUCUGGAGUAUCGCCAUUCUUUUCAGCCGAAGAAAUAAAUGUUUCAAUAGCUGGAACACAUACAUGUAACAAUAAUAAUUUAAUGGAUAGUAGCUCAUCAUAUCAUACCUGCAUCUCUGUAGAUAUAACAAAAAUAUCACCACCAAUGGAUAAUCAAGUAUACAGCAGUUGUAGUUCAAUGAUACCGCCACAAAAACGUGUUGAAUUUGCCGACAAUAAUAAUGCCACGAAGGCAUACUGCAAUGGCUGCAAACUUGAAAAAACAAAAACAUAUGAAAGUAAAGAAAACAUCUGUAAUAAAAAUCUAGCCAAAGUGGAAAAUGCCAACGAUACGUCGUUCGAAUUUUCUAUGAUGCGUCGUCGUUCCAUAGAUGAGCGCAUUCGUUCUUCCAAACCCCAAGAAGAUUCUGGUGUAUCAAGUCGAAAAAGUGAUUAUUCCACUUCGAAUGUGAAUAGUGAAACUACAACAUCUUCCAUAGAUAAAGCUGAAAAUAUGUGCAAUUCUGGAGAUGAUUAUAGUUGUUCGGAUUAUUCGAAAAGCAUUAAUAUAAAUAAUACCAAUGAAAUGAGCGGAAUACGUAUGCAUUCGCCAUUUCGCAAUAUUUCAAGAAAUUUUAAACGUCCUGAAUUACAAAGCUCUUUUCGUGGCAUGAAACGUAAAAUCAAUUUAAUUAAUCGUUCGGAAAAUAAUUCCAGUUUGGAUAUUGACGGUUGCAUGGGAUCGGCUAGUACGGGUUUAACACAAGAAAUUGACAUAUUGGAUAUUGGUUCGAGCACCCCAAAGAAACGUAAAGCAAAAUCACCCAUACGAGGUGUACUGAAAGUACGAUCUCUAUCGGAUGAUGAAAUGCCACAACCGAUACCGGAUAAUGUAGCUAACGUUGUAUUCUCAACACCGGUUUCAUCGCAAAAGUUACCGCGUCGUGAUGGUGGCCUAUUGGGAAAAUUAAAGGCAACACGCUUUGCUUUACCCCUAUCAAUUGAAACGAAAAAAAUCGAACAACUAACAGAGAAAUCUUCGGGUGUGCAAUAUUUGAAGAUGGCCCAUGAUGAUCCAACUAUGUCACCAAUAAAUCUCAAUUCCAACAAUAUACCCAAGACACCGAAAAAUAUCAAUACACCAUUUAGAACACCGAAGUCGGUGCGAAGAUGUGGCCGAAAUUCGAGUGAGCGGAUUUUGGGUACACCCGAUUAUUUGGCACCUGAAUUGCUGUUGAAACAAGGUCAUGGUCCCGCUGUGGAUUGGUGGGCAUUGGGCGUUUGCUUUUAUGAAUUUUUAACUGGUAUACCACCCUUCAAUGAUGAAACACCCCAAAAAGUAUUUGACAACAUUCUUAACAAAAAUAUUGAAUGGCCCGAAGGUGAUGAAGCCCUAUCUGCUGAAGCCAUGGAGGCUGUGGAUCUUUUGCUUACCAUGGAUCCAACGGAGAGACCAGCCGCCAAGGAGGUACAGCAAAUGGCUUUCUUCUCCUGUAUAGAUUGGGACAACAUUGAAAAUGAGGAAACACCAUUUGUGCCAAAUCCAGAAACACCCACUGACACCGGCUAUUUUGAAGCUCGCAAUAAUUUACAACAUUUGAAACUAUCAAAUUUUGCUCUGGAAGACUAA